CUAUACCAGCAUCCUGGUCACCGCCAAACACUAUACCAUGUCCUGAUCCCUAUCAUACUCCAUACCAGUGUUAUGAUUACCUCCAUACCCCAUACCACAGUUCUGAUCAUCACCAUACUCCAUACCAGUGUUAUGAUCACCUCCAUAUCCCAUACCAGAGUUCUGAUCACCACCAUACCCCAUACCAGCAUCCUGAUCACUGCCAUACCCCAUACCAGUGUUCUGAUCACCACCAUACUCCAUGCCAGUGUUCUGAUCACUGCCAUACCCCAUACCAGUGUUCUGAUCACCACCAUACCCCAU